CCAUACACAUUAUCGGCGUCGUAUUGUCCAUAGAAUAAUCUCGAUUCGCCUACAGUUGAGUCAAUGGUGAUCACAGCCAAUAUGUCAGCCCUGGAGUUUAAGUUAUUCAUUUUGUUUAAUAUCUACCUCUGUAUAUAUGCAGAACGUAAUAUAUAUUUUAAUGUUAGUUAUUAUCCAUCGAAUAUAGAAUGUUACUAUUUGGAAGGAGAACAUGCUAACAUAGUAUUUUUAUACUCAAAGUAUAUUAACCAUGCAUCAUUCACUCAAGAAAUUAACUAUAACUCAUAUACAGAACAUAACUGUAAUUACAACGUAUCGUUUAAAUUGCCACCUAAAAAUAAAAACAAAAACAACAUAUGGUUUCUACAGUUAUUAACUAAUAAAGAUGUGGCGAAUAAUUAUAACAAGACACAAUUAUAUAAUGGCAGUUGGUAUGCUCAUAAUGUGCGUGGUGUGCAUUUAGAAGCUCUGGCAUUUCCUACUGUAAGCGUCAAUAGUACCAAGCAAAAUUUGACAGUACUGGAGAAUCAGAAUCCAUAUAUUAUAGAUGUAACUUCUGUAUACAAUUAUACACCCAGUGAAGAUUUGCAAAUAGAAUGCGAAUAUAAAAGUAAUAAUUUGAUCAACAGCACAUGCACAUACUGCAGUACAAGUACUACAUGUACAGAACUUAACAGUGAAAGAAAACAAAAUAGAUGUCAAUUUACAUUAGAGAACAUACAAAAUGGAUCAAAAAUUAUUUGUUACUACAAAGAGACGGACGUUAAUAUAUCUGUUACUGUUCAUUUUAACCAGAAGAAACUAGAUGAUAUACUGAGGCUGAGUAUAAAUAACAUUACCAUUGGAUCACAAAAUAUGUCGAUCAGUAAUCUGACAGGGACGUACAUAUAUCAUUACAUACCUGGGGAAAGUCCGCGUGUAGAUUGUGAAGCAGUACAAUAUAACAAAAAAACUAGUACUCUCGAAUGGAUGAGACCGAUUGAGAUAGGAGCCGCUAUGAGUUAG